AUGCUCCUCUCAAAGCGGGCACGCACAGGAGCUGGCACACAAACCCUGGGUCUGCACGUCAUAUCGAACGCGCACAAUGGGAGGCUGGCACGCCACCCCAGUCUCUUCGGCCAACUGUCCCUCCAAUCGGCAUCGCCUGUGCCGGGCUAUCCUCGCACUCGACCCAUCUUCGCCGUCCUUCCCUCGCGAAAUUCACGCGCAAAUGUUUUCUCUCACCAGCUACGCCCGUCCCUCUCCUCGUUCGCCACUGCCCAGCUCGAGGGUCCGACAGCCCUCCGAAGGGCGGUACGAGUUGUGAAUGGCGGCCUGCCCGCACCCGCUCCACCGUUCCGAGCUGCCCAACGCGGCGACGCCCACUCGGCAAGCCCAUGCCGAGGGCCGUCAGCCAAUCAUCAGCACGGCGACGUCAGAAGGGAUAGUCGCAUAGCGUCACCUCAUUUACGCGAGCGCCCAUGCGGUACUUUCCUCUUCCAGCUGCGGCGCCCCGAGCGCGUCGCGAUUUCGUCCCGCCCGAGAGAUGCCUGGCGCGAGAAGUAG